GGAUUUGGGGCAUCGGGAAGGCUAGUCCCUCGGGUUUGUUUCAGAUCUCAUCACCGUUGACCACUUUGACAUUCCCAAACUGGCCGCCCUUGUCAAGAGAGUCAAGAAGGUUGAAUGGUGAUAGACACAAAACGCUGGAGUAACUCAGCGGGUCAGACAGCAUCUCUGGAGAAAAGGAUCAAAUGACGUUUCGGAUCCAGACCCUUUUACAGAUGAAGAAGGGCCAUGGACAUAGACAUGGAAAAUAGGUGCAGGAGGAGGCCAUUCGGCCCUUCGAGCCAGCACCGCCAUUCAUUGCGAUCAUGGCUGAUCGUCCCCAAUCAAUAACCCGGUCUCGACCUAAAAGUAGUAACCAUAUAACCAUAUAACAAUUACAGCACGGAAACAGGCCAUCUCGGCCCUACAAGUCCAUGCCGAACAAUUUUUUUUUUCCCCUUAGUCCCACCUGCCUGCACUCAUACCAUAACCCUCCAUUCCCUUCUCAUCCAUAUGCCUAUCCAAUUUAUUUUUAAAUGAUACCAAUGAACCUGCCUCCACCACUUCCACUGGAAGCUCAUUCCACACCGCUACCACUCUCCGAGUAAAGAAGUUCCCCCUCAUAUUACCCCUAAACUUCUGUCCUUUAAUUCUGAAGUCAUGUCCUCUUGUUUGAAUCUUCCCUAUUCUCAAAGGGAAAAGCUUGUCCACAUCAACUCUGUCUAUCCCUCUCAUCAUUUUAAAGACCUCUAUCAGGUCCCCCCCUUAACCUUCUGCGCUCCAGAGAAUAAAGACCUAACUUAUUCAACCUAUCUCUGUAACUUAGUUGUUGAAACCCAGGCAACAUUCUAGUAAAUCUCCUCUGUACUCUCUCUAUUUUGUUGACAUCCUUCCUAUAAUUGGGCGACCAAUAGUAGCAGCCAAAUAUGGGACAAGGGAGGUCCCGUGGGGGAUAAACCAAUUUAGCCCAAUAUACGGGAUGUCCCGGCUAAUACAGGACAGUUGGCCAUCCUAGCCUCCACCUUUGUUUAACUUGGUAACCUUAAUCCACAUCCAGUGACUAACCUGAUGCAUGUUGCUCUCCAGGUUCUGCUCCGAGCUUUGGAGCACCCACUGCAGAACCCUUCAGGCCCACUCCUAGCAGUCGCAAGGAUAGUCCCUGACUAUCAAUCCUACAAGUCCACAAUGUUGAUGAAAACCCCCAGACUGGCCGGCAUUAAUGUCACCACAGUGAAGUACCCAGACCCACUGCCGUCUUCCUUCAAUGCCCCCCAUCACACCAGCCAGGGGCAUCCACAGGUGUCCCCUGCAGCCUUACCUCCGGAGCAGCCGGUUUGGGAUCAUUCCUUCCUUUUCCAGGGGCGGGAUAGUGCCACCAUCUUCACCGCGGGAGCAGCACUUAUCCUCGAGUACUACUGCGUCUCCUCUGUGAUGAACACCGUCAGCUGGUUUGGACGUAGUCCCUUGGGCUUCUCUGGAGUGCCCCUGAGCCAGGACGUCUACCACAAGCUGAUGGCGGAGAACGGAGGCCGUGGACUGAAGGUGGACAGCCUACAAGUUCAGGGGACCAGUCUGAGAACAACAUCCGGAACCACACCAACUGUGGGGCUCAUCCUCAGGCUCAUCGGCUCCGAGCGCCCUGAUUCGAUACUUGCCGUGACCUAUCCAUCCCUCGUGGCCAGUGUGGGAGCAGUAACCCCCAGGGAUGCCCUGGGAUUAAAGCACCAGCCAGACACACAGAGGGCACUGGCUGUUGGCAGCCCUGAUCCCUCCUCAGGGCCAGGCCAAACCACCACGGCAGAGUGGACGCUAUCUGCAAUCCAGGACCAGGCGUCAGAUAUAGCCCCAGCACCACAGGCCAAGCUUCUGAAGGAGAGAGUGAAUUUUCCGCCUUAUGAUGCGCUGGCACAAGUACUCCCAGAAUAUGACUACCUCUUCCGUGCCACAAGUCCAAAGGAAAGUCCGAAGAUGGCAACGAGGAGCCACCAGUCACCAGUCAGAGCUCCUGAACCACUUCAGACCCAAGACCCUGUUUUGUUCUCUCCGAAAAGGGUGGCCGUGACUGAGGACAACGUUGGAAACAAUGAAGUCGUUCACCACGAAGGCCAGUUUUAUGACAAGCUGACAGCUUAA